ACCGGCUCCUGCUUUGCCUUGUGACACUCCUGCAGACAGACAGACAGACAGACAGACACCAAGGAUGCCUGAAGCCACCGUCCCUGCCUGCUUCCUGUGCCUUCUUGCCUUAUCAUCAGCAUGCUACAUCCAGAACUGCCCCAGAGGAGGCAAAAGGUCCUACCCUGACACAGAAGUCCGACAGUGCAUUCCAUGCGGCCCCGGGAACCGAGGGAAUUGCUUCGGCCCAAACAUUUGCUGCGGGGAAGAUUUGGGAUGCUACAUCGGAACCCCCGAGACCCUGCGCUGCGUCGAGGAAAACUACUUACCUUCUCCCUGCGAGGCCGGAGGAAAACCCUGCAACGCCGGGGGCAGAUGUGCGGCUCCAGGGAUCUGCUGCACUGACGACAACUGCAGUAUGGACUCAAGCUGCUUGGAUGAGGACAGCGAGAGGCGACGGGUGUCCGAAGAGAAGAACACGACUCAGAUGGACGGCACGGCCGGCGAUUUCCUGCUGAGGCUGAUGCACAUGGCCAACCGACAGCAGCAGGGGAAGCAUCAGUUCUACUGAGCCGCCGGCGCCAAUAUCUUUGUAACGUGCGCUUAACGUAUGAAAUGUACCGAUUUCUGACCGCAAGCCAGCCCUGUAUUUAAGAAUGUAAUGAAAUAAUCUAAUAAUAUCUCACGGUUUAUUGUACAUAGAACAAAUAAACUUUUAUUGCACUGUU